AUGGACGAGAAGUCAGCCACGCGGAUUGCUAAGUCCCGCGGGAAGAACGACCCCUUCGCAAAGCGUGCAGAUAUGGCCGCCCGAAACAACAAGGAUCAGAAGGGCGAUGGCUCGGACGGAUCCUGGCGGAAGAGCGACUCAGACCAGAAGAAAAACGACAGCGGCCAGGAAAAUGGCGCGAGCGCCGCUUUAUAG